AUGUACAAUCGAUACGUCCCGUCAAAGGGAGCAUCUUCUGCAUCACCACCACAUCCUCAACAGAGCACCGCCAGCCAUGGCUCGACCAGCCAGCCCUCCACAGACUACGCUCGUUACGUACCCCCAACGAAAGGAGCAAAGACGACGGCGACCCAGUCUCCAUCAAUAAACUCGCAUGAUGCGCUAUCUCCCGCGACAAAGCGCAAGCAUGGCGAUGCCUCUACGAACGGCGCAGAAAGCCCUGCGCCGAAACCCAAGAAGUCCAAACAGUCCGAAGAUGUAGAGAAAGCCGAGAAGAAGGAGAAAAAGAAGAGGGAAAGGGAGGCACGAGACAAGCCAAAGAAGAAGAAGCCUGCUCGAGAGGACAAUGGGGAUGACGAAGACGACGAAGAAGACAAGGUGCCCUCGCGGUUCGCAUCAGUAUUGGCAAAGAAGGCCAAGUCGAUCAAGGCCCCGGCACCACUGCCCGAGGGAGCUGAGGCAAUGAAUGUCGACGAAGACGAAGCGGAGGAUAUCGAGAUGCACGGCCUGGACCCCCUACCGCAACCGGAGCCUGUGGCCGCCGACACGACCAAGAUGUCCUAUGAAACCCUACCGCCAUGGCUUGCAGCACCGAUACGCGUUGCAGCCGACACCAGAACUCCGUUCCCCGAGAUCGGCAUCAACGACCGUUCAGCCAAGAUUCUCGAGUCGAAAGGCUUCAAGGACGCCUUUGCGGUGCAGACGGCCGCGAUACCAUUGCUUUUGCCCUCGUGCAAGCACCGCCAGGGUGAUCUUCUCGUCGCGGCCGCUACCGGUUCCGGAAAGACGUUGGCGUAUGCGUUGCCGAUUGUUCGCGACAUCAGCCAGGGCCAGGUAACGAGGUUGCGAGCGCUUGUGGUGCUGCCGACCCGAGAACUUGUCAAUCAGGCUCAGGAGGUCUUCCAGCUCUGCGCCGCUGCUUUUGAUGCCCGUGAUCAGAAGCGCGUACGCAUCGGGAUUUCAAUUGGCAGCCAUCAACUGAAAAACGACCAGGCGAAUCUGGUAGAGCAGACGGAACGCUACGACCCCAAGGCAUAUGCAGACGCUGUGAAGAGGGACCGCGAGGCUUGGACUACACUUGAGGAUGCCGAUGCUGAAGACAAGCUGCUGGCGCAAAGCUUCCAGGGUUGGUUGGACGUGGUCAUGCCUAAGCUGCGCACCAACAAGUUCAGCGCACGCGACUUCCCUGACUCGAAUCUGACAGGCGUCCGCAAGGUUGUGCUCAGUGCGACGCUCACCCGAGAUCUCAGUCUGCUCGGCAGUCUGCAGCUCAGGAGGCCACAGCUCAUCGUGCUCGAGGGCGGCAAGGCCGAUGGCGCGACGCAGGUGGCCGAGCACACGCUUCCCAGCUCACUCAAGGAGUUUGCGACUAGGGUCUACGACACCAGGCUCAAGCCUCUGUACCUGCUCGACCUGCUCCAGGGCAAGCACUUGCUCUCGCCCACGGACACGGCAUCGAAGAACAAAAAAACCCCUGCGAAGACGGCAGCAGCAGCAGCAGCAGCAGACGACGACGACACUUCAUCAGAAGACGAGUCGGAUACCUCGUCGGACGGUUCAUCAGACACCUCAUCGGACUCGGACUCGGACUCAGACUCCGACACGCCCAAGGCCUCCUUCAAGAAGACGGCGCUCAUCUUUACAAAGUCCAACGAAUCCGCCAUCCGUCUCUCCCGCCUCCUCUCCCUCCUCGCGCCCUCUCUCGCGCCCCUCAUCGGCACCCUCACAUCGACGCAGAAGACAUCUCACCGCCGCCGCGUCCUCGCCUCCUUUUACAGCCGGCACCCUCCGCAUCCCUCCGCCGCGGGUUACGUCCACCGCGUGGGCCGCACGGCGCGUGCGGGCAGGCAGGGACGGGCGUUCACGCUUGUGGAGACGCGCGAGAGCGGAUGGUUCUGGGGCGCCGUGGCCAAGUGGGAGGGCAUCCGGAGAACGGAAGAGGUCGGACGGUUGGUCAUUGUCGAGAAGGAUGCGGAAGACGGAGGGUUCGGCGGGGAGAGGAUGGAGCGGUACGAGAAGGCAUUGGAGGAGCUGGGGAAGGAAGCGUCCGAGGUGCGGAAGCACAGACUGAUGUAUGCUCACGGGGAGGAAUCGGCAGUAGUGCUCCAUGUAGCCAAGGAACAUGAUGUUACAAUAGGAAUGAACCUGGCCAGGAAAGCCCGGGUCAUCGCCUUGGCCGACAGCACACUAUCCCGCCGGUGCCAGGCAUUCACGUCUCUCGUCUGGCCAGACGACCGGUCGAGAACCGGUGUCCGUCGAUCUCCGCCGGAGAGCGAUGGCCUGAUAAGAAUCUGGGGUGGCCAACCCACGGUUAUCGGCGAGGGCCGUUCUAGGCGGGCGAUGUGGGUCUGGUUCAGUAUGUCGCCGCUUCAAGGGGACGUUUCGACCAACGUCGACGUGGAGCGUUGUGCAGAAUUGUGCAGGCUUGACUGGAGACGUCCAGUAUUCUCAAGGUUGAAGCGAGAGCUACGUAGAGGGGAUGGGGACACGACGCUGCAGACCAAUGAGAUUGGUGACGCGGGUUUGGUGAUGGAAUUUGUUGUAAGGACUGGGUAG